CCAAAGCGUCGUGCGCUGAGAUUACAAACAUGGCUUUGCGCGUAGUGGUUUUACUUUCUUUGGUGGUCGCAGCUCUGGCUGAUCAGAGCUCGCACGUUAGCAUCAGUCUCGGCGGCCACCACACUUCUCACCACUCCGCCUCUCACCACGCAAGGCCUUCAUACCACCCACAGCCGUCUUACCACCAUCAACCUGCCUACCACCCACAACCCUCCUACCAUCCUCAGCCUGCAUACCACCCUGCGCCCGCUUACCAUCCACAGCCUUCCUACGAACAUGGACACGAGCCUGCAGUGCCAGCAUGCGCCGCCAAUACAACCAAGCCAUGGUGCCUCGAGGACACUGAGUAUCCCACCUACGAGAUCAAACACGCUGCCGAGUACCACUACGAAAAGGUCCUCUCCCUCUAUGCUGACGUAGUUGAUCUUAACACUGAGCUGUCAGUCGAGCGGCCAAACACCCUGGAGGAGGAGACUUACUUGUGCCCAUCUGAGACCGCUUACGUGAGGCCCCUUCGUGCCCAGAACACCGAGGGUAAAUGGCGCGUGAUUGUUAACAAUAUCGAUGCCCAUUAUCAGACUCUUACUCAGACUACACGCAUCGAAGAGUGCCUGACCUCUGGCGACGCAUGCCCUCUGGUGCCUGAUUGCUACGAGUCCAAGUGCCUGCAGAAGUCCAUCUACCACCGCUUCCUCGUCUACGACCCCUAUGAUCAGUACUUCCCCUUCGCCAUCGAGACAUUCAAGCUUCCCGCCAGCUGCGCUUGUCUCCUGGGCGCCUACACCAUCGACCAUUAACCACGAAGCCAAUAAUCUCACGCCACUUUUAAGGGGAUUGGAUCUGACCCUUAUUAUUAAAAUAAAAUAAUUCUAGUAACCUGGGAACACCUGUGCAAGGCAUACUGGCCCUGAAAUAACUUAAAGUACGUGAAGAAAGCAGUUCUCUGAUCAUCUUGCUGUGAUAACAUCUAUACAUAUUAUCUAUUUUGAACAUAGCCUAUUUAAACCCUUUGUCGCAUGGAACAUAAU